UAGAAUGACACAUUUCGUUUUGUCGAUUCUAUUCAUUCUAUUCGCGCCAAAAUUUGACAAUGACGUAUAUUAAUGAAAGCCGAAAGUUUAUCAGAAUCUUAUUUCAUUUUUAAUGAGCAAAAUUAAAUAAUAUUUUGCUAAAAAGCCGAACAUUCUUUAUGCAAAUAGUGUUUUGAAUCAUCUGUACAUAGACAGCUGCAUAUAUCCUUAAAAAUGGUAGGACACUAUGAUGAGAAUAUGUUGCCAGAGAUGUUGCCUAUAUACUACACCAGACUUUUUCCACAAAACAUAUUUUGCCGAUGGCUAACAUGCGGCAGUUCACCGCAACCUCUCUCGAACAGGGAACUAUCUUUUACGUUAGCUGAUGAUGUAUACCUGCGCUACCUAUCGUUUAGUGAUCAGAAAGAGUUACAAACUCUUCUGCAGAAGAAGUGUCCACACAAGUUAGACAUUGGAGCUGUUUAUAAUACUAAACCUUCGGUAGGUCGUCAUGAUGCAGUUGUGUUAUCCAGAGAACUGGUAUUUGAUAUAGAUCUUACAGACUAUGAUGAAGUUAGAACAUGCUGUCAGGAAGCUAAAGUUUGUGCAAAAUGUUGGACAUUUAUGGUCAUUGCCUGUGAGAUCAUUGAUAAAACUUUAAAAGAGGAUUUUGGUUUCCAAAGCAUAUUAUGGGUAUUCUCUGGUAGAAGAGGUAUUCAUUGCUGGGUGUCAGAUUAUGAAGCUAGGACACUGGACAGUCCUGGCCGAGGAGCGGUGGCUGAUUACUUGUGUCUCAUAAUGGGUGGUGACAAUCAAAACAAAAAAGUCCAUUUGGGGGGUGAUAAUCUACAUACAAGUAUAAGGAGAGCAUUGAGCAUAAUUGACAAAUAUUUUGAUAAGCUGCUGGAGGAACAAGAAUUUUUCAGUACUUCAGAUCGCCUAGAGAAGAUGUUGAAAAUGAUACCAGAUGAAACACUAAGAUCACAAGUACAAAAAGCCUUAGAGAGUGUGUCAGACUCAUCUUCCGAGAGAUGGAAAAAAUUCAUUAGCAUUUAUGAAAAUUACUGUAGAGAAGCAGGAAACACCAGAAAAAUAAGGUACUUAGUAGAAGAAAUUAAAAUACAGUACUGCUACCCUAGAUUAGAUGUCAAUGUAACUAAAGGUUUCAACCAUUUGCUGAAGUCACCAUUCAGUAUCCAUCCAAAAACUGGCAAAGUAUCGGUAGUAUUCAAACCAAGCAAUGCAAAGAACAUGAAACUUGAUGAAAUACCUUCAAUAUACAGUUUGUUAGAUGACAGUGCCCCAGACAAUGCUCUGCAUGAAACAAAUAUGAAGGCAGCUGUGAAAAACUUCCAAGAAGUUGUAUUUUCUUUGGAGAAAGCAGAGGCAAUCAGAAGAAAGCAAGAUGGUAAUAUGUCUUUAGACUUCUGACUGGUUCAUCGCCUGUUUUAAGAAUGUUCCACUGUACAGGUAGAACCAUCAUUUUUGCAGCUCUUUGCUCAAAUUCGUCUAACGUGGCAACUCGCUAACUUGAACAAAAUAUUCUGUGGGGAAGAGGCUAAAUAACUUAGAGAGCAAGAUGCAUGUUUUCUCUAAGAGUGCCAAGGAAUUAAAUAAAACAAUCAUACUUAUCAAAA